UAAACGGGGAAAAUUCUGAAAGUCUUCGUUACAUAUAAAAGGCCAUCUGCGAAAAACCCUAGCCGAACAGCACCUUUACUUUUACUUUGCUUUAGGAGAUGGCGAAGUCGAAGAACCACACAGCUCACAACCAGUCCUACAAAGCCCACAAGAAUGGCAUCAAAAAACCUAAGAAGCACCGCCACACUUCCACCAAAGGGAUGGAUCCGAAAUUUCUGAGGAACCAGAGGUACGCGAGGAAGCACAACAAGAAGAGUGAUGAAGCAGCCACGGAGGAAGAGUGAAGUGGAACUCUCAAACGGAACUAUUAGGGUGGUUUUUAAGCUCUGUUUGUUUUUUUAUGGUAACCUUAUUGUCAAGUCUAUCUUUAGUAGUUGAAUCAAUUCGUCCACAUAGAAUACAGUUAUGUUAUAGCAUUUUUCCUGGUUUCUGUUAAAGACCCUUCAUUUUUUGUUAAUGGAAUAUUAAGGUACUUGUGUUUUCAGUCACUGCUAUGGUUAUACUCA